AUGAAAGUGCCCCAAGGAUUAGAGGCUCCCCCUAACACGGUCUGCAAACUGAAGAAGUCACUGUAUGGCCUCAAACAAGCGAGCCGACAAUGGAAUAACAAGUUGAAAUCAGUCUUGCUCGAGAACGGCUACCAUCAGUCCAAGUCAGAUCAUAGUCUCUUUACAAAAUCACAAGCCAGUGGUUUCACAGCUCUCUUAAUCUAUGUAGAUGAUGUGGUUCUAGCUGGAAAUGAUCUAGUUGAGAUUGACUCCAUUAAAGCACUACUAAAUGCUUGUUUCAAAAUUAAAGACAUUGGUGACCUGAAAUUUUUUUUGGGAAUGGAAGUUGCUCGAAGCAAACAGGGAGUUGCAUUAUACCAAAGGAAGUAUGCUUUGGACUUGCUAAGAAAAGCUGGUUUUGAGGACUGCAAACCUAUCUCAACUCCUAUGGAUUACAAUGGCAAGUUGACAAAAGAUGUGGGGAGUUCCUUACCUGAUAAUGCUGAAUACAGAAAACUGAUUGGUAAACUGCUGUACUUGACAAACACCAGACCUGACAUUAGCUUUGCAGUCGGAAAAUUGAGUCAAUUUCUGGACAAACCUACUGAUUUUCAUCUUAGGGCUGCUCAUCGUAUCUUAAGGUACAUUAAAUCUGCACCAGCAAAGGGCCUUUUCUUUCCUUCUCAGUCUGAUUUGCGUGUUACAGGCUUUAGCGAUUCGGAUUGGGCUGCUUGCUCGGACUCGAGAAGGUCUAUAACUGCAUAUUGCUUUUACAUUGGAAACUCAAUUGUCUCUUGGAAAAGCAAGAAACAAACAACAGUGGCAUCAUCAUCAGCGGAAGCAGAGUAUAGAGCUCUCGCAUCAGCAACCUGUGAAACAAUAUGGAUUAAAAAGAUAUUCAGCGACAUAGGAUUGGACUACACUGAGCCUAUCAAUUUGUACUGCGAUAGCCAAGCUGCCAUUCACAUAGCAACCAACCCCGUGUUCCAUGAGAGGACCAAACAUAUAGAGGUAGAUUGUCAUGUGGUUAGAGACAAAAUACUAGAGAAAUUAAUCCACUUGAUGCCUAUAUCAACACAUGAACAGAUUGCAGAUUUGUUGACAAAACCUUUAGCCCCAGGAACCUUUUCUACACUUGUUGGCAAGUUAGGACUCCAAGACAUUUGCUGUCCUAACUUGAGGGAAGGUGUUACCUAA